AUGCCUACUUACGCCAUCCUCGGUAGCACAGGAAACUGUGGUUCUGCCUUGAUCCAGAACCUCCUCAAAUCUCCUGAGAACAACGUUAACGCCUAUUGCCGCAAUGUUGCUAAACUCAACCGUGUCGUCCCUGAGGUCGUUGACAACAAGCACGUGCAGGUCUUCGCUGGCAGCAUUCACGAUGUAGACCUCAUUGUCGACUGCAUCCGCGGAACCGACGCUGUCUUCAUGGUCGCCACGACCAAUGACAACCUUCCUGGAUGCCGCAUCAGCCAGGACUGCGCCGAGACCAUCAUCUCCGCCAUGGAGAAAAUCAAGGCCACAGGAACCCCAGGCGUCAAACUCCCCAAGAUCGUUCUCCUCAGCUCCGCUACCAUCGACGACUAUCUCUCCCGCCACAUGCCUGGAUGGUUCAGGCCCAUCAUGUUGGCCGCCGCAUCCCACGUCUACGAAGAUCUCCGCCUCACCGAAAAGCUCCUCCGCUCCCACUCCGACUGGCUCUCCGUCGUGUACAUCAAGCCCGCCGGUCUCUCCCCCGAUAUCUCCCGCGGCCACCAAUUGACUCUCGACGAGGAGGAGAGCUUCAUCAGCUACCUCGAUCUCUCCGCUGGUAUGAUCGAAGCUGUGCAGGAUCCUGAGGGCCGCUACGUCGGCAGGAACGUCGGUGUCGUCAACGCAAAGCGCGGAGUUGGCGCCAAGUUCCCUCGCGGAACGCCGUUCUGCAUCUUGAUGGGCUUGACGAGGCAUUUCUUCCCGUUCCUGCAUCCUUAUCUUCCUACCACCGGCCCUGCGUAG